AUGCUUCGGAUGAAGUUGACUUUCUUGAGUGCGCUCUGCGCGACGUUAAUUUUGGUAGGCGUUGUCACGGCUCAUGAAUCCAAGUGCAAACUUCCUCGUGGUAUUCGAAACGAAAUAAGGCAGUAUCAACCGUUGGUUGAAUCCAUUUUUAACCAAAUUGUAUCGGGUGAGUAUGCCGGUAAAACGUGGGAAAGUUUACUGGAUUUUACCGAUCGAUUCGGUCCGCGUCUUACGGGAUCGAAACAACUGGAGGAUGCCAUCGAUUUCGCUGUGGAGCAAAUGUCCAAUGAAGGACUCGAUAACGUACACACGGAGGAAGCCAUAGUGUCUCACUGGGAGCGUGGCAGAGAGUGGGCACAACUCGUGGAACCUUUCCAUAAGAAUCUACCGAUGCUCGGAUUAGGCAAGUCCGUAGGAACUCCUGAAGCCGGUAUUUUAGGUGAGGUGAUUGCAGUGGAAUCCUUCGAAGAAUUCGAAAAUUUACCUGCACAGCUGGUACAGGGAAAGAUAGUCGUUUUUGCUCCAGCAUGGGUUAGUUACGGUGCCACUGGUCGCUACCGAUACGAAUCGGCCUCUUUGGCGGCUGCAAAAGGGGCCGCCGCCGUUUUGAUUCGAUCCAUGACCCCGUUCUCGAUCGGAACACCGCACACUGGUACCACUCAGUACGAACCUGGCGUGCGACGUAUUCCCGCUGCCGCUAUUACGGUCGAAGAUGCAAUGCUACUUUUACGCAAAUUCCGGCGAGGAGAUAAGAUGGUAAUUCAUCUAAAAAUGGAUGCGAUCAACCUUGAGCCAACAAUAUCUCGCAACACCAUCGGCGAACUGGAAGGAACAAUGUACAAGAACACCUCUGUGGUUGUGGUUUCCGGGCACAUGGACAGCUGGGACGUGGGUACAGGAGCAUCAGAUGACGCAGGCGGUGUGUUCAUAUCCUGGAAGGCUGUCUCCUUCCUUAAAGCUAUGGGUUUACGAGCGCGAAGGACGAUACGUGCUAUUUUUUGGACGGCGGAAGAGCAGGGAUUGGAAGGAGUUGGUGUCUACGAACAGCAACAUGCCGAUAACGAGAAGAAAGAAUUUAACGUAUUCUUCGAAUCCGAUUCGGGGACGUAUGAGCCAACUGGACUCGACUUUUCUGGAAAUGAGGUCGCUCAGUGUAUUUUUGGAGAAAUUGCAAAGUUAAUGCCCGGAUUCGAAGAUUUUCGGUACACUGACGGAGUGGUAGGAUCAGAUAUUGGAAACUGGGUCGAACGAGGUUUUCCAGGCGUAUCACUUCGUAAUAAGAACGAAAAUUACUUUUGGUACCACCACACUGACGGAGAUACGAUCGAGCUGGAAGAUUCCGGAGCUUUGGACAAAAGCACUGCCCUCUGGGCAGCUACUGCCUUCGUGAUCGCGGAUUUAAGCAUCGAUAUUCCCAAAAAUGUCGUAGAUUAUAGUUACAACACUGAUAGGAAAUGA